AUGCGGUCACUUUCUGCAGCCAUUGUGCUGCCCCUGGUGCUCCUUGGUCAGCUUUCCCAGGCACAGAUAGAGGUCAUCACCAGCACCGAACUCUCCUGUACGACCGAGUCUGUCAAUCUGUUCAUCAAUCCGUCCUUCGAGACGGGCUCAACCAGUCCGUGGAAUAGGUUGACGGGUGCCAUCUCGGUCAUUAGAGAUGACUCGGACGACGGGCAGUAUGCGGCUCAGGUCAGCUGGACUGGAGGCGCGAACUACGCCAUGUCGCAGACGGUGACGGGGCUCCAAGUGGGCACGACCUAUAGCUUCUCGUAUGACUACAAAAUCAGCCAGUCGACCGGACCUCAGGGGUCGACUACUUGUAUAUUUUACGCUGCGCACGAUACCACUAUCGUCCUGACACGGGCAACUACGCCAUAUUCGCCAACAGUGGCUCCCACCUGGCAGACCCUGUCAGCAACAUUCACUGCCACCUCGACCUCACACACGUUUACCAUGUGGGCCUUCUGUAAUCUCUACAACAUCUACCGUACGAAUGUCGACUUUGACAACGCCAAGCUGCUGGGUCCUGCGCAGGAGACCUGCUCGACUGUGACGGUGAGCUCGACAGUCACACUCACGCCCAGCUCGACGCCGGUCCUUACUCCAACUGCUUCCAGCAGUGCUGUGAUCACGCCGUCGCCCUCGAGUGAGGCCAUGCUUCCAUCGUCCUCGGUGGUUCAGUCCAGCUCAGUGAUCGCUUCACCGUCUGGACCGGUGCAGACUGCAAGUGCAACGCUUUCAACCUCACCGACGGGCAGCGUGCCAGCGUCCUCCGUCUUUUCGGUGCCUGCGGCUUCUUCGCCUGUAGUCUCUUCUCCUGUGGUUUCCUCUCCGGUGGCUUCUGCGACCUCGUCGGCUUCUCUGAUCACUUCCUCUGCGGUCGUCCCGUCUCGCUCGGCCGUUCUUUUGCCUUCGCCUGGAAGCUCUUCUCCAGUGUUGUCAUUCUCUAUCAUCCCAGUCUCAGUACCCACCUCAACCCCAUCGUCCUCUGUUCCCCAAUCGAGCAGCGCCACACCGAGUUCUUUCAGUCCUGGGCCAGCAUCGCCGUCAUCGUCGCCUGAUCCGUCCGCCAGAUUUUCCUCGUCCGUUCCUGCUGUGACACCCCCAAGUUCUUCCAUGGUGUUAGGGCCCACCUCCUCAGGCUCACCAAGUGACCGCCUCUCCUCCAUUCCCGCUGUGACAUCGCUGGGCUCCUCUGUGCUCUCCGCCCUAAGUUCACACUCGUCGAGCAUUGCUCAGAUUCUGCCCUCGUCCAGCGCUGCAUCCUCUCAAGUCCCAUUGUCCAGUGGGCUCCUAACCCCAUCGAAUCUCUUAUCCACACGCAGUAUCGACCCAGGAUCGUCUACCGGUGCAUCCGGGCAGUCGUCUGCAAGUCCUACGUCCGCGCCACAGUUCAUCACAUCGACUAUCCUGACGACCCGGACUGCUACAGUGACCGCAUGCCCAUCCUCUACCCCCGACUGCCCUGCGUCAGCCAGGAGUACCUUUCUGACCACUGAGACUAUUGUCAUUGCAACGACGAUCUGUCCAGUUACCGAGGCCACCACGUCUGUCACCCCUACGACUGAUAUAUCUACCACCUCUACUAUCUUCACCACCCGCACUGCUACCGUUACCGCAUGUCCAUCCAGUGUGACAGACUGUCCCGCGUCCCAUAAGAGCACAUAUACCACCACGGAAACAGUGUUGGUCUCCACCACCAUUUGUCCAGUUACCGCUACCGAGCGACCUACAAUCACCGGAGUCCCUGGAUCCGUCGCAACUACUGGCUCACACGCCCAGCCAGAAGGGAAUUCCGUCGAUGUGAUUACCUCUACCGUCUUGACCACCCGCACUGCCACUAUCACAGCUUGCCCGUUAACAGUCGUCCAGUGUCCCGCCAAGAGCACAUUCGUCACUACGGAAACUCUAGUAGCGUCUACCGUUGUGCUCACAGUCGAGAGGACAGCAGCUCCUACCGCUGUCUCCACGAUCUUUGCGCCUGGCUCUACCAAUGAGCAAGAUACCGGCGGUGGCUCAAGCACGGGCUCCGCCUCCAGCUUUGAUAUUGUUGAUGAAGCACAAUCCGGCUUCGGUACUGGGGCUAGUGCACACAAAACUGCGCCCUACAACACCGCGGGCUUUGCAUCGUCCGGUGCAAAAGAUGUCGCCGCUUUGGGGGUUCAUGGUGAUGUCUCGAAGUACAACCAGACGUUGCCUGCAAGCACUCCAACAAGCCUUCAGACAUCGACUGCAUCCAGAAUCCUACCCGUGCCCUCUAGUCUGACUUUGACCGCUGGCUCCAGCUCCGUGAAUCUCUCUACGUCUUCUCAAGCAAGUGGUUCCCUCACCGGGACAGGUACCGUUGCAUCAGCACUCUUUACUGGCUCUGCAUCGCCUGCAGCGGCAACAGGAUCUUCGUUUGCUCUGCUGUUCAUAGCAAUUGCCAUCCUGAUUCCUUUCUUUUUCAGUUUGAUAUAA